AUGGACGUCCAGAAGUCCUGGGAGAUCGAGAACUCGGUGAAGCUCGUGGACCCGACUCGCGACGCACUCUACGCAUACGACCACGAAGCGAACAAGAAAAUUGUCAACGACAAGCCAUGGAAGAAAGACCCAAACCACUUCAAGCAUGUGCGGAUAUCAGCCGUUGCGCUCAUCAAGAUGGUUAUGCAUGCUCGAUCUGGAGGAGACAUCGAAGUGAUGGGGCUGAUGCUGGGUUAUGUUGAGCAUGCAACGUUCAUCGUCACGGAUGCACUACGGCUACCAGUGGAGGGGACAGAGACACGGGUGAACGCAGCAUCAGAGGCAGACGAGUACAUGGUGAACUACCUUGCGCGGUCACGAGAGGCAGGUCAAGUGGAGAACGCGGUGGGCUGGUAUCACAGUCAUCCUGGCUACGGCUGCUGGUUGUCCGGUAUCGAUGUCACCACACAAAACACCAACCAAACAUUCCAGGAUCCUUUCCUCGCAGUGGUUAUCGAUCCUCAUCGUACCAUCAGCGCUGGGAAGGUCGAGAUUGGAGCCUUCCGUACCUAUCCCGAAGGCUACAAGCCGGAAGGAGCAGACUCGAGCUCCGACGGCAUGGCCGCAGUCCCGAUGGCGAAAGCAGCAGACUUCGGCGCGCAUGCCCACCGCUACUACCCUCUCGAAGUCUCGCAUUACAAGUCAACUCUCGACAGCAAGCUCCUAGAAGCGCUCUGGAACAAGUACUGGGUGCAGACGCUCUCUUCUUCACCACUGUUUACCAACCGGGACUAUGUCACCGCUCAGAUUCAGGACCUCGGCGGUAAAGCGAAGCAAGUCCAGGACCUGAUGCAGCCCCGCUCGAGUAUGGGACCGAUGGGCAUCUCCAAAGGUAAGGGAAAGCCCGGAGAGGAGCAGCUGGCGAAGGUUGUCAAGAGCGCUGAGAAGAUCGCGAACGAGGAGCGGAUGGGUCUGAUGGCGGCGAUGGUUAAGGAGAAGGUAUUUGGCGCGCAGGCUGGGGAAGCAGCACUUGCGGCGCAAAGCGCAGAGACGAACGGUGCGACAGAUACGCACAUGACGGAUGCGAAAGCUGCCUGA